AUGUUUCAAAUGUCAAAUUCUUUAAAGCUUCAGUGGCUCGACCAUUUCGAUGGUUCUUGGUCGAGGGAGGAUGUGGGGACGUUAGCGACAAGACAAGGUGUUGUUUUCCUUCAUCAAAAGCUUAUUAAUAACAAAGAAACUUUACCAAUACCACAUGCUACUCUGGAGCUUCGUGGUCCAAAUCUGCCGGAAUAUGAGCGUGGACUGACCAGUGUAUCUUGUCAGGAACAAGACGAAUUUUUGAACGACAUUUUAUACAGCCAGCUAUCCCUUGCACGUACAGUUUGUUGCGAUUCUCCCUUUUAUUGCACUUUACGUCGCCGAAUUUUAGUUUUACAAAGGAUAUUUUUCGCGUUGACGAACAAAUACCACUGCUUAUCAUCUAAACCAGUAACUUGUUUAAAGAAGAGCAACUGCGAUAAAUCUACAGGUAUUACAAAGGACAAUGUUACAACAUCAGAAACUAAAGAAGGUUCUGCAGUGCUGGUAGAAAUGGGCGUUAAAACUGGCUUGUCAUUAUUAUUUGCUUUGUUUCGCCAGUCAUGGCAAUUUAAUAAUGGACAAUUGUGUCAUGAUGUGUUACUAACAGCUUGUGAUGUAUUAUCGUCUAUCCCACCCCUGUCUCUGUCAAAUGAGUCUAAGCUGCCUCCAAUGGGGCUUGAUUGCCUACGACAAGUCACAUCAUUUCUCAAGGGAGUUUUAUCUCCAAGCUCAGCUGCUGAUGCCCUUGGAAGACAGUUGGCUUGUGAACUGUUUUUACGAAUCACUGCAUUGAGGGGAUCUCUCAAGUAUCUUUUGGAGUGGAUGGAAAUUGCUCUUAGUGUUACUUGCAUUUCUACUAAUGAUGGCAACAAGCCUGCUUUUCAAACUGGAAUAUCUGUUAAAUGCCUUCGUGAUAUCCUCAUUCAGAUUCGAAAAUCUAUGGUAAGUUUAGAGAGAAAAACGGUUUUUGUGAUACACACCCAACUCAUCCGUGACUGCACCUCAGUUGUUAAUAACUAAGUUGAUAAGUAACGGCUUCAAUAAAAAUCAGCCUUUUUGGUACAUAGUUAUCAUUACACUGCCAGGAAAUCUAACACUGGAGAGCCUGUUGAACUAUAAAAGCUGCCAAAAAUUACUCAAUGAGUUUAAAACAAAAGUUGUCAAGCCAUUUUAUUCUGGCAUAAACAGUCUAGUGAGUAGCCAAUUAAUUCUGUCUGCUGCCAGCUGUUAGGGACAGCCCUGCUACAGUCAACUCUUGCCUUGCGUACACCCGGCUAUAACAGGCACUCUGAUAAUACGGAGAGCAGCAAAAACCCAGGCAAAUAAAAACUGCAGAAGUUUGACUGAAACUGACUCCUACUAUUACAUGUGUUUGGACUCCCGCUAAUGAGGACACUAACUCGAGGUCCCUACAGUGUCCACUAUAAAGAGAGCUGACCGUAUUUGCUAGAGAUUUAAUUAUUAACUGUUACUUCCUGUAUUUUAUGUUGAAAAUGUAGAGUUGUUCUGCAUCUACCACUCCAUUAUCUUCUCCUAAAAAGAAUGAGACAAACAAUAUUCCAGAGCCAGAGCUGCCUUCAGCGGAAUCAGGUCUGUUGUCUCUUCCCACUGCAGCCAUUUGUCUUUUACAAGAGGUAAUAUUAAAUUGGUGUUCAGUUUUAAUUUAAUAAAAGAACAAAAUAGUGUUGAAAUAAUUUUAUAUGAUUUUGCAUUGCAACAUUGGCAAGCAAAAUGUUUUGUGUUGACUUCCAAAACAUAGCUGAUGGUAGUAUUUCUGUCAGAACUGUCACAGUUUACAGGGCAGAAAUUACUCCCUCUCCGUACAGUACCGGCCACAGGAAUUGCAGCAUUUACACGCAUAAAAAUUGUGUGCAAUAUUGCAGAUUUACAUGUAAAAUACACACAAAAAACAUGUGUGUAAUAUUUUACAUGGACAAUUAAUGUAUAGCUUUCAUUACAUUAAAUUGUAAUAUGCUGAUCGAUCAGUCUCUUCACAUUUAAAUUUCAGUAACACGCCUUGAUUUAAAAUGGAAAAUGUUUUGGAUCAUGUUUUUUCACAUUCAAAAUGGCUUUAUUAAUCAUGAAAGAAUCUUUUUGUAAGUUGGAACUAAAGAGUUGCAUUCUCUGCAUUGUACUGUGUGUUUUCUUUUAAUUUGUCAGUGUAACCAUUUCGUUCAACGGAAUGGAACCAACGGCAAAUUUUAACUGGAUAUUCAUUCCAGAACAUUUUAGUUUAACGAAACUGUAGAUACAUGUUUUAAAGGUUAACUAUUGAUUAACCUGAUUAACAUGUCAUUAAUUCCUCGGCGGCAUGGGCUGAAGUUGAUUGUGGUAUGCUUUUAAAAAUAUAAAAUGAUUUCACGUAAGCUUACGCUCGUAGUUCCCACAGUUGGGACUUCCUUGUUUAUUUACCAAAAUUUAUUUGUCAAACCUGGCCCCAGUAUUUGAGGAAAAUGAGUACUUGUUGUAUUUUUUAAUUUUGGGGUCAUUUAUGUAAAGUUUUAACGAAGAGAAGCUGGUAAAACAACAACUUAAGCAGAGAAAAGUGUUCCAUGUGAAACAAGCAAUUCUCAUCGCUAAAAAUGGAUCAGAUUGCCUGAGGAGAUAGGAAUGGUUGAUACAAAUAAUAGAGUUGCUUCUGUUUGAAAAUUUGAUGUUGGAAAAAAAUCUAGCCAGCAAACAAAAAAAUAACAAUAAAAGAAUUACAAGCCUAAAGCAAGCAAAGAGGCAAAGAAAACAAUUUUUUCGAAACCUAGCCCAGUUUAUAACAAAAUGAAAAUAAACUACCAACGUGUAGUACAUCACGUAACCUUGAAAAGAUUUUAAACAGCGCAGUGAAUCAUUCUUGUUUCAACGGUGUUGCAAAGAGCCUCGGGACUUUUUAAAAGAGGCUUCAAGGAUUAAACUGCACAAAUAUUUAUUAACAAAGUGAAACCGCAUUGACAAUAAUUUAGUUGCUGGACUGGUGCAUGUAUUGCUGCAAUUCCUGUGGCCUGUACUGUUGUGCAUGGUAGAACUUGAAGGGUGUUACAUGUACUAAGGGUCAUCAAUAUAGUUUUCUCAUCAAAACUGUAAUUCAGUACAGCAUUUCACAUUCAGCACUUAUGAAUAGAAGUCGGGGUUUGCCAUGUGCAUUAUCAUUCAGCUAUCAUACAAUUAAAACCUUUAGUAGCUCACUAGUUCCAGCAUCUUUGUCAGGGCUGACAUCAUGGUUUCAAGUUGCCAUGUAUAGGCUGUAUAAAUUAUUGUGGAUAAAAUCUGUUUUUAGGUUAAACCAGUGUUCAAGCUACUCUUUUCAUGACUUCCUUUGUUUUGUAUCCCUAAUUAUUCAUAGAAGAAAAAUGGAAAUUCUGAGUUAACUUGAGAACAGAGUUUACAACUGUACCUACAACAAAAUUGUAUGCUGAAAGUCAUUAGGCAGGGGGUUGAGCAGCUAGGAAGUUCUUUUGGUUCUAUUUUCCUUUGUUUCUAUGAAAGUGGCCAAGAGCCAUGCUCAUUGUUGCUGGAGGAAAUCCCUGUUCUCUGGCCUGCAGCCCUUAGAAACAGUCCUGUGAUUCAAAGCUCUCCUUUUCUAAUAAUGUCCAGUUAUUUUUUUAUCUUUCCACAAUUGAAACCAUGUUUAAAUAAGACAAGAAAUUAUCUCUGCAUAUAACUAACACUCUUUAAUACUUGUUCAGAUUGUCAGAUUAUCUAAAGAGUACAAAAAAUCCUGCAUAAAUCCUGGAGUGAACACUUUGCACGUGAAUGGUAGUAAGCCACUGUCAAGUGAUGAAGUGUUUGUCUGGGGAAGCAAUAGCAGCCAUCAGCUUGCAGAAGGAAGCACAGACAAAAUCUUGAGUGCUAAACUAUCAGCAUCCUUUGGAAGUGCUUUGCAGGUACAGCUGAGUCAUCUUUCUUUAAUUGUAGUCUCCUUUCUCUAAUUAUUCAUGAAUCAGGCCUAGGAAACAGAGGAAAUCAAGAAUCAUCGUAGGUUAAAAAAUUUUGUUCUGUUACAUCUGCACCAACAAUCUUACUGUAGUCACUAGCAGCUGGUUCUCACUUUGUUACAUAAUAAUACGUUUUCAGCAUAAUAAUCAAGAUAAACAAGUGAAACACUUUGCAAACUUGUUUUAUUAUUAGAGCUUAACCAAAACACACGUAAUGGGGACUUAAAUAUUAAUUCGACAGUGAACCACCUUGCCUGCAUCACAAACAUCCAAGCUUCAUGAAAAAGCUUAUCUUAUCUGGUCACUUAGACCUUCCAUGCUGCCUUUAACUGCCAUCAUAUACAUGUAAGAAACCUCUACACGGACAACAACUUGAUCACAGAGAUCACAGUUCUUGCAAAGUACUUUGGUUUGUUGGUGUAAGGAGUUGGAUAUAGCAAAUGAAAGAUGCUAAAUAGACAAAAAUAUUGAAAAUAGCUUGCUGAAAUUAACACUGGGUUGGUACCUUUGCAAAAAACACAUCACUCUCUUGUUUUCCAACCACUGACCAUAACGAAAUGCUCUUAAAGGGUUUACUGACAAACUACUGUAGAAAGAAAUUUAUGUAUUAUGAUCACUUUUUUUUCCAAACUAAAGUCAACCUGCUGGGUAAUGGAGCCAACAAACUUAUUCCUGAUCAUUAACCCAAAUUUUUGUCACCCUUCUUUCUAAGUUCAAAGUUUAAGCAUUGAUUUUUGUUGAUAAUCAACACACCUCCAUUACAAACAUUAACCAGGCUUGCCUGUGUUUGCUCACAAAUAGACAUAGACAAUUGUUUUUACUUUUUUUUUCUUACCUUUGCAGGUAGAGGCUGGCCAGUAUUGUACAUUUAUCAUUUCUCCUGAAGGAACUCUUCAUGCUUGUGGAAAAGUAAGUGUUAAGAGAAAUAGAAAGGCUGGUUUUUUUAAGAACAAAUACUGACCUUAUGAGACCAUAAUACCAGAAGCAAUAGGAGGUUCAAAAAUGCAGUACAGUUUUGUAGGUUUGGUGCAUCAUCAUAAUAAUUUUAAAAGUAAAAUAUAAUUAUCAUUAAAAAAUCUUCCAGAAUUCUUUGAGGUAAUUUUUUAAAAAGCUUUGACAACUUUAUACAUAGAAGACUGUCAGACCACAACAAGAUAACAUUUGCCAUAAGAUAUAUUCCCAUGUUACAUCUAAGGUAAUGACGUCAUCAGUCAUGUGAAUGUUUCUGAAUCAGGUUUUUUUGUUGUUGUGACAAGAUUUCAUUAAUGAGUUAAAAACAAAUGGCAUAUUUGAGGUUUUAGUUGUGUAGGGCAUUUAAAAAUAACCAGUUGACGUCUGGCAUUUAAAAUUUAAGGGGGUAAUGAAUAUGAGCGAAAAAGUUGGGAGACUAGACCGAGGGCUGUAGAGAGUCAACCUUUUCGUACAUGCCUGAGAAAAUUUGUGGGAAAGUGAUGUUCUACCUGAUAAUUUUUUUCAUGACCAAAACUAGGGACAUAAAGUUAUCAGUCAUGUGAUCAAAGCAUUUUGAAUGUUUUGGUUAAAGUACCUUUUUGUCACAUGUGCCGAAUAUAAUGCAUUAAUUAUAGAAACCCUUAUCCAUAUUAAAUAAAAAAUUUUUCUAGAGACUUGGAAUAUUUACAAUAAAAGGAGUUAAAUAUGGCACCAUCGUAUCCGACAUCUGAAUCUACGGCCAUAUUUAAUUACUUUCAUCGGCUAAAAUAGGUGUUCAGCACUCAUUAGAAAUUCCACGUUUAAAAGGAGCCUAACAUGACAUAAGUUUCAGCUUAGUGGUUUGCAGGCUGUUAUUAAGUUGUUGUUUUCUUUUCAGUAAGAGCAAUUUGUAUCUCUCUUUGUAAAUCUAUUUUAUUAAUCGUCUUGUGCCACGACUUAAGUUGAUUUUACUUUCCCUUUGACAUGAUUUGUAUGUCACUGGACAUGAUUUGUACAUCAAUAAGAGUGAUCAAUUUUCAUCCAUCCAUUUCAAUGAAAGCAAAUGGAAUCACUUCUCACUAUAGUGGACGACCUUGAACCAUGACUUCGUCGUAUAUUUAUGUGGCACAAGACAAAAAGCUAACCCUUUUUGAUGAAAUUUUAAGUUUAAACUCGUAUAGCGUAAAAUAAUUAUAAUUUACUUAUAAAGGUAUCACUUGUAAUAAUAAUAAUAAUAAUAAUAAUAAUAAUAAUAAUAAUAAUAAUAAUAAUAAUAAUAAUAAAUUUAACAAGAGUAAACCAGUCAGCUAAAGCUGUUAUAAAUGGGUUCUCUGGGCAACUAAAAAUAAAAAUAUUAAAGGACAAAAAAAAAACUAUAACAUAUCAACUAUCAGAAAAUGUAAAAACUAUGUACAAUGCUGAUGGCUAAAAACUAAGAAUUAUAUAACUAAGUAAAUUAACACUCCAUAAAAACGGUAAAAGAUUUACCAGUUCUCUGAAAAAUAAUAUCAUUAAGCUGUGUUUUCAAAACCACUGUAGAGUCAACUUGCUUUAGAUGCGGUGGCAAGUUAUUGAAAGCCUGGGCUCCAGUAUAAAAUGUUCCUUUCUUGGCAAAUUCUGUACAGACUUUAGGAAUUAAAAUAUAUAAAGAAACCUUUAUGCCUAGUGUAAUAAAUAUGUGAAGACUUGAUAAAAUAACUCUUAAAAUGAUCUGGAGCAAUGUUAUGGAGACACUUACUGUAAAAACAAAAGUUAAAUUGUGCAUAGUAGAAUGCGCCUUAAUGGACUUCCAACUUAAUUGCCAUAAUAGUUGCUAUCCUUCAGAACAAUAAAUUCUUGCUGCCCUUGUUUGAAGUCGUUCUAAAGAUUUAUAUCUAGGAGGAGCUAAGUUGUUCCAAACAAAAUCACAAUAAUCUAACUUGGGAAGUAUCCUGGUCGUAAAGACUCAGCUGCAUAGACCGUUAAGCUAUGAGGUACUGUGCAGACCCCAAAAUGAUCCCCAACCCUGAAAUGAUCCCCAAAUCGACCCCGAAGUGAUACCGACCCCAAAAUGAUCCCCAUUUCUCUUCACGUCGACCCUGAAAUGAUCCCCAUUUAAUUUUAGGAAUGGAAUGAUAUCCUAGAACUAUGGAUCGUGCAAAAUGCACAACAUUAUAACUUAAGUUUCACUAAUAAUCUUCAGUUGCCCACAUGACAUUAAUUUGGGAUUACACUUUGAACUGGAUCAGUAAAAGAAAAUAUUAUUUUCAAAAAAAUACACAAAAUCUAGUAUAUUUUUAGUAACACCAUGAACUGCAACUGAUAACAUCAAGAAACAUAACAUUUUUUAAAAUUAUUUCGGCUUAGGUGAUUAUAGCCCGGGUUAUAGAGAAAACUGCAUAGAUGUUAGAUUCUAAAAAUUGGUGUUAAAACAGCAUGCCUUGCAUAACUUGUUAAACUUUUAAUGUUAUCUACUUGAUUCAAUGUCGCCUGUGUAAUUGCCCCCGCAGGGAUUUCGCCCAGAAGGUGAAAUCCCGAGGAGGCACUCUAGUAACUUGCGCGUAUAUUAAGGAAAGUACUUACAGUUGAAAUAUUCAGUCAUACAGUCAAUAUAGAAUAAAUCUCGAUUUGCUUGAACAGGGGCCGCGAGGAAUCGGUAGGUAAUGAUGACGUUUCUAUUGUUUGCGCCCGCAAGUACGAAAUGGUUAGGAUGACGUAAAACACAAAAAAUCCCGAAGGAACACUUCGAUACUCUUUUGCGUUACGUGUUAUCAGUGAAAUUCUGUGGAGUAGUUGUUAUGAAAGUUAUGGACCAAAAGACACUCGUUAAGCGCAGAUGAAGUUAUAAGGUGCGUAGAACAGUGUAUAUUUUAACACUAAGUGAGCUUGCCAGACACGAGUUCACAAAUCUUUGAUUGGAAACCUUCAGCUGAACCUUGCUAGACACUUUUCCUCUCUCUUUGACCGGAAUGAAGACUCGUCCCAAAACAAGCAAGACGAGCGAAUGAUUCAAUGGCUAGCGUAUCACUAGCAGAACGAUGGACAAUUACAGAAAUUCGUCGACGAUCAAAUUUUGUGCUGACUUAUUUCCUGCUCACAGAUGUCCUUCCGCUAUGAGUUUAAAAUAAGACUAGAAUGCGCAAGCGGGAAUUAAUCAAACGUCCUUUUGAUUUCUAAGGCUUACUUUCCGGCAAAUGAAAUGAACUAAAUGUAAAAAGUGAAAUAGAAAUAGCGAAAAAUUAAACUUCUUAUUAAAUCUCUUCUUAUGGUUUAGAAUAAACUAUUCUUGAAACUGAGAAUGAUUAUGUUUUGAUCAAAGCUGUGUAAAUCGAACCGAAACUGUGUGGAACCUUACGUCUAUUUCCUGUAUUUAUCUCACUUAUUGUAUGGAAUAUGUAUGGAAUAUGUUUGAACAUCUUCAAUAUGAAUCGGUAUAUUUCAAAGAGCUACACCAGGGGCAAGAAUACUAUAUACAGAGCGGGGGCAGCUGUAGUGUCAACUAUUAUUAGUCUACAAUAUAUUGGAGAAACCAAACGAAGCCUCAAAGACCGUUUUAAUGAACACAGACGACCUAUACUCAACCCUACUGGUAAUUACAUCUAUACUGCAGUUUCAGAACACUUUCUAACCAGUAAUCAUUCCGACAAUCAUAUGCUUUUUGUCCUUUUGCUUCCUAUUGAAAAACUUAAAAAUGGGCGUGAUUCUUUCAGGAAAGCACGUGAAGCCCCACCUUAUCCAUAAAGCUAAGGCAAUUGAGCCUCUGGGCAUCAGUAAACGUGAUGAACUGUAACUAUACAUAGUAUAUCUUUUAUUUUUUGUUAUCUUGUCUUUUUAAAGUAGCCACACCAUGCCACAUCAUAUUACGUAAUUUCCGGUCAUUUCGUGAUAUGGCAAUAAACCUUAUGAAGACUGGCAUUGGCAAGUCGAAAUAUCGCAACUAAACUCUAUUUGUUUGAUCAGUCCCUGCAAAAGUCUUCUUGACUGCAACGCGUUCAAUGCCAUGGAUAUUGAAUUUUAAAAAUGGUGUUUUAACACUUUUUAAAAUUUUAAAAUAAUGUUGAAGAUGCAAUAGUAUACAUAAAGGCGAUUAGAUGAAAAAAGCGAAAAAAAUCACAUAAACUGUAGCGAAAUGUUAAACGCGAUUUAAGAACGUAAACGCUGCAACAGAUUUGUAAUAAUUCAGUGAUGGAAUACCGUUCCAUUCCAAUAAUUAAUUGGGGAUCAUUUCAAGGUCGACGUGAAGAGAAAUGAGGAUCAUUUCGGGGUCGAUUUGGGUAUCAUUUCAGGGUUGGGGAUCAUUUCGGGGUCCGGAUCAUUUCGGGGGCUGUACAGUACCCUACUUAACAAACCAAGUUGACUAGAUAUCAUGUUAUUCAGGCAAGUAACAUGUUCCUUAAAAGACAGUGACUGGUCUAGGUUUAUGCCUAAAUACUCAUAAAAAGGUACACAAUUUAGGACUUGACCUCCGAGGUAAAUUUCACUUAGAUUAACAGAGUAAAACUGAUUAAGUUUCGUGGAAGUUUCAAAGAUCGCAUAUUCAGUUAUCUAAUAUGAAUAAAUAUAUCGCUCUUGACAGACGGAGACCAAUCCAAAAGGAACUUGACCUCAUCAUUCAACACUUGCAAGUGUUGAAUGAUGAGGUCAAGUUCCUUUUGGAUUGGUCUGUCAAGAAUAAUAUAUUUAUUCAUCCUAAGAUAAUUGAAUAUGUGAUCUUUGGUGGUUAGUAUCUGAGGCAGCAUAAUAGAUGAGGGUAUCAUCCGCAUACAUUAUUAAUGUGUCAUAUUGUAUGGAAAUGUAAAAUAUUACACGUUCUUAUUUUACAGCCUCAUACAAUGUUCAGUAAUAUAUAGAUUUAGCCAGGGCUAAAAGUGAAGCUCCUGUUUCUGAAUUUAUAAUUUAAAUCAAACAAUAAACUUGUAAUCCACAAAUGAGUUAACUUUAGGGCAGAUUCAUAUGUCUUUUGAGGGAAAUAACCAGAAUCACUCAAAUCUUACAUCGAGUUUAUAGUUUUAUAUGUACACCCAAGAAAUUAGCCUGCGAAAACAUCCGUUUCUCCUCGCUCUUCGCCGCUGGGGACGUUUCACGAGGAGGAACGUCUGUGACUCGGCGACAGAACUUCUCUACUGAUGACGUAAAAUCUGUCCGAAAUCCAGUCAGAAGCGCUGAUUGGUCGACGGAGUAGUUACAUUAUUUUAGCUAUUGUUUACGAAUGACAGACAAAAGGCCAUAAAGGUCAAAUGUAAACGCGAAGAAUCUCGAGCAAAACAGUCAAUAUUUGUGGAAUAUACUCGCCUUUGAGUUUUGCUGGAGCUCGUUGGCAGAUGAACGCAACACUUUACCAAAAUAAACCAGAAGACACGUAAAAUUGGACAAAUUUGUAUUUGGAAGCCCAUGACUGCCGGAUUUAUUAUGUAAACAUUGAUUUGCGUCAUCAGUAUGGAAUUUCUGCCGCUGAGUUUCAGACGUUCCUUCGUGCGAAACGUCCCCAGCGGCGAAGAGCGAGGAGAAAUGGAUGUUUUCGCAGGCUACCAAGAAAUAGCAAUCAUGCACCUUUGAUCACAGUACAUUAGGCUUGGAAAAAAAUUCCUCCCUAUCAAAAUAACCCAGUCACCCACCUACAUCACCUUUUUUUAUGACGUUAAUAAAUGAAUCUUUAUUGGACAGCCCCGAAAUAUAAUUUUAUGCUAUAAAGGCCGGUUAUAAGACACGAUAGUCCUCGUUGGCAGCCAAUUUACACGUUAUAAUUUAUCGGUUGCAUUCCUUUGCCUUAAAGGGGGGCCAAAAUAAUAAUUAUGUUCAACAAGUUUACUUUACAAACUCUUUCCAGUCUUUUAUACUUUUUACACAUCACAUCUGAGGUUAACAGUACAAUCAGGCGCUGUUUGUGUAUUGUACAGACCUCGGACAGAAUACAGAAUUUGUUCUUUUUUGCCCUAUUUAAACCUAUAAUUCUGCAGUUUUUCACAUUUUUGCCAGACAAAUUGCAUCCAUUCAAUAUUCAGGACGAUCAAAGCAUGCAUUAUAAAAUAUUUUCAUGAAGAGAAUUCCACAAUAUCAGGACUGUUCAGUCAGAACAACCUGCUCCUAUGUAGUAUGCAGGGUAAUAAUGGGCUUUUAGGGACUUGUCAGAAAUUAGCAGGGGGGAAGGGGGGGGUGGGAAUUUUAAAUUUGGGUUUAGAAAUUAGGUGACCCAUCCCUUCAAUGGGAGUGAAAUUUGCUAACCCUCCCCUUAUGCUUGGCCUAAAAUAUCAUGACCCUCCCCACCUUACAGAAUUGAGAGAAAAAUGUUCCAGGCUCUUUAAGGUUCAGUAUUCCAAGCCAACAAGAAAAGAGGAAACAAAAACAAAAUAAAAGGAAAGCAAAAAAAACCUAGAGCAAAAAGAAUGGAAGCUAACUGCAAAAAAGUUAUUGAGACCAUUGCACCUCAGCAAGAGUGGCAUAAUGUUACAGAGCCUAUUGGCCCAUUAUCUCUUCAUUAUGAAGGAAUAAGUGGCCUUUACAAAACACAACGGCCAUAUACCCAAUACAUCUUUGAGAAGGGUUGUUCACCAAUGAAUAACAGGAAAUUAUCCAGCAAUAUCCAAGCUUCAACUUAAAUGAAAAUCAUGAUGAUGAUGAAAGUGAUUGUAUCAAUGCUGAUGACAUAAAUGAUGAUGAUCAAGAUGCUCACAGCAGCAUUGAUGGUGGCGCUGAAGACAGUGAUGAAUAGGAUAGCCAAAACUCUAAUAACAUUAAUAACAACAUUCUUCAUAAUAAAAAUGCAAUAAGACUCUAUAGCAUUGCCGUGUAAUAAAUGAAAAGUAGAUGUUUGUUAAAUUCUUGCAAUAGUACUUCACAGUUUAUAUCCAUAAUGUUCUGUUGUUGUUUAUUAUUAUUUUUCUUUUUUUUUUUUACCAAAUAAGAAACUUCCUUUUAUUCUGCAGGUGAACCUCUACAUGAUCACGGGCUAUAUUUGCAUGGCCCUCCCCCUUUUAACGGCUCAUUUUUCAUGACCCCUCCCUUUUCUGAGUCUCAAAAUGUUGUGACCCUCCCUCUGUUUCCACCCCCCCUCCCCCCCUGCUAAUUUCUGACAAGUCCCUUAGCGAAAACUUAAAAAAAAGACUAUUUUCAUUUCAUUUCCGAAAUCACCCAUGCUAGUUCAGACUUUUCGACAAGUGCCAAAUUUGUAGUGCAAGCUGUUGGGUGUUUGAAUGAACAGUAACAGAGUUACACUUCAACAUUAUGUUAUUUUUUUGUUUUUACUAUGUGUAAUCUUUAUAAUAAUAUACAUGAAAAAAGUUCUCGAUUGUGAUUGGCUAAGAGAAAUGCAGUUUUCUGGUAACACGGUAGAGAAAAAAGGUAAUUAAGUACAGAAAGAGGUAACAAACGAGGCGUUCUGAUUGUUUAAUAAACAAAGGAACUCGCUGAGAGCCAAUCAAAUAUGUCAUCUAAUGGCUCCGCUCUGCUCUGGACCAGUUUUGAGCAAAAACCGCGGUGGCUGGUGUUUCUAGCAGAUUUGCUCUGCGACCGCAACAGCUAUAGAGGAGCUGAAAAACAGCCCUACAAAUUAAAUGAAAACACCGUGGAACGCACUGGCUUUUGGCUCUCUGUUUGGAAGAAGUGGUGCAUAGAGAAGAAAAUUACUGAUGAAAUAGAAAAUUAUGAGCCCGCUGAGCUUAACACUUUGUUUGAGCAUUUCUACGCUGAAGUAAAAAAUAAACAAGGUGAAGAUUAAGAACCAGAAAGCCUUAAAGUAAUGAUAGCAUCGCUUGAUAGACACUUUAAGAACAAAGGCUACUCUCUGUCCAUUGUAUAUGUACAUGACCAUAUGUUGGAGGGCAAAGCGAAACAGCUUCGCUUGGCUGGCCGUGUUAAGCGCCCAACAAAGCUUGACAAGUAUCAGAGAAGGAUGAAGAAAUUCUCUGAAAGAGUGGAAAAAUGGGAGGUAAUAACCCCGAAAUCUUUAUUUCAAACAAUGUGGUGGCUACUUACCCAACACAUUCGUCUCUGUGGAAGGCAAGAACACCACGGAAUGAGACUGGAGGAUUUCAGAAUCAUGAACUGGUGAUGACGACCUCGAAUUUGUUGAGUUUGCAGAAGGGCCUACGAAAACCAGAAGGAGGUUUGAGUGCACAGCCGAAACAGUUUCAGCCUAAAAUGUUUCACACCGGGGAAGGGAAAUGUCCAGUUACUUUACUGUUGAUUGCAUCUACUCGUGAACGCACGCGCGCAAAACAUGUUUUCACGUGACGUCAAACAUCUGAGUUUCAGGUGUCAAACUUUGAAGUUUUCCCGCCCAAAUGUUAAGUUUUACUUCUCGACACUGCUCAAAGAGAAGAAAGGAAGAAAUCAUCAGAAAGGCAUCCCACUUUCAAGCGAUUUUGCGGAAUCAAGUGAAAGAACUUGCACAGGAUUAUUCUUUUUCAGAAGAGCGGAAAAAUGGGAGGUAAUAACCCCAGAAUCUUUAUUUCAAACAAUGUGAGAUUACGCAUCAGCAAGAUUGCCGUUUCAAAAAUCGUUAAGCAGUACAACUUGACUGGAAGCACAGCUCCCAAAACGUUGAAUCACGUUCAAACAGUUCCUAAGUGAACUUUCCAAGACUCUAUUCUGUUGGAGACCAUGGUGCAAGCAAGUGGUUCAUCCUCUCUUAAAGAAUUGCGUGAUGAUUUGGCCAUUCAUGGUGACUGUGGAGAACUGUCAACAUCAACGAUUUCCAGAAAUACUAGUAACAAACUUCCAAGUGGCCGCAACUAUUCCCGAAAAAGAUUGACGAAAUGUCGGUCAGAGCGUUCUCCUGAAAAUAUAGUGUACACUCAGUUGUACAUUGACUAUUUAAAAGACAAAGAUCCUUCCUGUGUUAAGUUUUUCGAUGAGGCAGGGUUUUAACCGACUGAUGCCGGUCACAGAAACUUUGGUGUCUCAUCUGUCUUUGAAGAUUGCGUAGAAGGGCGAAGAUACUUGUCUACCGCAAACCUCACCCUGAACUUUCUAGUUGGGUAUGAUGGAGUAAAAUGUGGAAACAUCAUAGAAGGAACGUCAAACUCUGUACAGUUUUUACGAUUCUUUGAUGACGCUUCGCAACAGUUGAUCCAAUAACACAAACACCAAUUCUCGAAGUUGGCGACAUUGUUGUGGUGGACAAUCUAGCCGCGCAUCAUGGCCAAGCGGAAAGAGCACAGCGAAGCUUCCUAAAUGAUUUGGGAAUGGAACUCGUUUUCCUCCCAGUGUGUUCACCAGAUCUGAAUACUGUCCAGGAGGUAUUUUCGAAGCUGAAAUAUUUGUCGAAGUACAGAUACCAGGAACUAGUGUGGGAUAACCUGGAAUACGCAGUGUUGAGAGCGUUCGGGAAUGUAACAGCGGCCGACAUUUGCAGCUACUACAAGCAUGUAGGAUAUUUUUUGUGAGAGACAGAACUGUAAUUUGGAACAAAUACAGUAAUAUUAUUAUUGCCAUGGAUGAGUGAGAAAUAGAGUAAAAUAUUGUAGUCAUCUGACCCAGAAAUGUUGUUGCCAAAGAUUGUACUUAAUUUGUUUGAAACGCGGCUAUAAAUUUGUUUACUAGUAAGCUUAUAAUGUUUUGGCGGUUUUAUUUUCCGCCAAAUUGUGCUCUGUUAUCUUCAGAAUAUGUAAUGCGAAAAGUAAAAAGGCCUGUUACUAACACAAUUCCGAAUGUACUUAUCAAGAGUUUUCUCGUCACAGGAUUUUUACAAAGUACUAUUCUCAGGAGACGCUCGCUGUCUGCAUUCCCUUGCAUGAAAUAGUAUGGUGUGAACUAUAGUGGCCACACUACAAGCACAGAGUCAAUACCCUAUCAAAUAUUAAACUACAAUAAAAGGUCAAUAUUGUCCUAAAGUUUGUUUCGAUUUAUUGAAUUUGUCAGACAAAACGGCAAGGUUAAUUGAUCAGUAGCUAAGUUUGAGCAUGCAUGAAAGUAAACAUGCAAAAAAAAAACGUCAAUCGAUGUGCAAUUUCAAAAACAAAUGAAUUUUCUGUUUCAAAACAUCCUAACAUUUUACUGCUUAAACAAGGAAAAACGGAUGUCAGCAAGUCAGAAACUAGCUGUGACAGUAAAAUUAUUUAUGUUAAAAUAGAGCAUGCAGGCCACGUAAAAUACCAUGCACAAAGCUAAAAAAGUCAAAGUUUCAUUCACUCCUUUGAAGUCUUUGAAGACUUGAAGGACAGCAAAAUAUUGUCGGCUUCCUAAG